UUUCAUGCGUUUGUUUGCCCACUGUUCGCGAGAGUGCAAAACGGAGCUUGAUUUCAAACAACGAAGCAAAUUGCAUUUUGUGUUGCUUCCCAACAACAAAAAAAACGAAUUAAAUUUAUAGUGUCCAGCUACGAUGCGUUGCUGUUAGUGUGUUCUGAAUUAAGUUUUAUUUUGUUAUCAACUGUACGUUAUUUAUUUUUGUUAUUUGUGCGGUGGUUUCGAUGGACAAAAAUCCUAUCCAAUUGCUUGCCAGUAUCGAAAACAAUCCACAGGCCACGAACGCUUUCAGUUACAACAUCGAAAACGAUUUGCCGUUUAUAAUGUCCGCACUCGAGCAAAACUUAAACCUGAAGGAAGACCAAAAGGAGCAACGGUUCGAUACGGAGAACGAUGACUCGGAUGAUGAGGACGACGAAUCUCCGAGCUGCAGUUCAACGCCAACCAGUCGGGCCCAGAGGCGAAGAUCGCCGCGCACCAAAUCUCUCGACAGCAAACUGCACAAAAUCAAGCGGCGAACGAUCGCCAAACCGGUCAAAUUCCAGAUUAAUCUCAAUGCGUCGGAGAACGAAAUCCGCAACUAUUACAUGGUCAACAGCAAGAAGAUGGAUCUCAAACCAACCAACCUGGAGACCAUUUUCGAGGAAGGAUCUCCGGCGGUAGCCAAGGCGAAAUUCUUCGGCCAGCGCAAAGUUCGCCGAAGUUUGAACUGUUCCGAUGGAUUCAAUGUGACGAAAACGACGACUAAGGCGCGCAAGAAUCGAGUCCGGAAGCUGCUCGGAGGCGGCCCCAAGCUCGAACGAAUGACGAUGGAUUCGUUUCUGGAACGGCUCAAAGCCAUGCAGCAUGAAAGCGGAGAGGACGACGAGAUAUCGCUCGUUGAUCCUAAGCUAAACCAGACCGUGUGACGACUGCUUCCGCUGGUUAGAAGUGGAUAAACUGUCGACUGAUAUGACUUUGUAUUGGUUUUUUUAGAUUAGGUUUACAUUUAUACGCGUAUUGGUAAGAAUCUUCAACACGUUUAAUAAACUUGUCCUUAGUACAAACUGAAUCUUCGGAA